AUGAACGGUAUUCGUGGGGCAGUGCCGAGCCGUUGCCUGGGUUCGCCGGCGACAACAUCCAUUCCUAGCUUUGCGAUUGUCGACACGAUCCAUCCCAACAUUCACCACGCAUCACAAUCAACUCAACAAAUGAAGAAUAUCAAAAAAUUCUUUCAUCGCAUCCAAGCGAAGGCUUCGGCCACGCAAAAGCGCAUUCGCGGGGGGCUCUCGGCCACAGGCGAGUGCAUUCGAGGAAAGUUUACGGCCAUAUGCAAGUUCAACAAAGCGAGAGCUUCGGUGGUUUCGGAUUCAGAGGCUUCGGCAGUCCCGUACGAGUCUGACCAAGCCAUUGAGCUAGUCCCGAUAUCCCAGAAGAUGCCUCAUGCAUACAUGUACGCCAGUUCCGAUACCCCGCUUUGCUAUGUCGCCCCUUUCGCCUAUCCUAACUCUAAGGAAAGAAACCCGUUGUCGUUUGGCGAGUGGAAAUCGUUUGAAGAAAGGUUCCACGAGGAUAUGAGAAGGUACCCCCCAGAGGUGAUCGUGGACCAACGCAGCCCAUCCCUAUUCAAGUGGCUCCCGCUGGAUAUUCGCGCCAAGAUAUGGGGGUAUGUCCUCGGCAACACCAAGGAGGCCAUAUUUCUUAGAAACGAUGGUAUCGCACCGAAAAUCCCAACUUCCAUGCGAUUUGUGUCGCUCGACUUGAUGUCGGAAGCUUGGUUUGCUUGGGUCAAUUCAAUGAGCAACCGGACUCUGGUAGUGGUGGACUUCCCGCGGCACGCCUACCUUGGCCCACCCUGCCCAAUUCUUCGAGAUCUGUCGACAGUCCGCCUCCGAGCACUCAAAUUCGCACUGGGUGACGACGAUGCCGAGAAGGCCGCGAGGAGAAACCAGCAAUUCGUGAGAUUUAUCUCAAAGCACAGAGAUGAUGGCUUCCUCGCCAUUCGCACGUUGAUUAUAGAAUUGCGAAAGAACUGGACAAGCGGUGGCUUCACCGAGGUGGACCUUGCCGGCCUUCUGACCUGCGGGGCCUUUGCUCACGUUGAGAGAAUUCGGAUUCACGGAUGGAUCAGAAGUGAGAGUUUGGAUCGGCUCCUGAAGCAAGCCCAGCGGAUGGCCUAG